UUUAAAGUACAAGGAGGCAGGAGGCAAAACAAAUUCCACCAUAACGUUAAUUCGAAAAAAAUAGCAAUAGCAUCACAAGUCAGGAGGCUAUGCACUCCCUUCUGCUGCUCUGUUCAAGUCUUUAUUGAUUAGCAACUAAUUCAUGUCUUUUAUUUUGAAUAGGGAAAUCAGAUUGGCAGAGCAAGAGGAAUGGUCAGGAACAACUGCAGCUAAGGUAUACUUCUAACACGAAACAUACCUCUACAUUAACAAUGGAUUAUAUUAUCUUCAUGUGUUGUGGAUUGGUAAUUUUUCUUUGUUGUCUAAUAAUAUAUAGAUGGAUGAGGACGAUCAGCUUAUUGUCUUUAUAGCUGCUGCUCAUGUGUUGCUUUCGAUGAUGGCAAUGGUUAUUAAAAGUAGAAAAAGAAAACGCCACGGUCAUACACCCGUAGGACAAAUUAGAUAUGCUCCAAUUGAUGAGAGGGAUAGGAGGAGGUUUUAGUACCUUAAUGAUAAAAUUUGGAAGAAUGAUGUUACCUGUGUCAAUAUGCUUAGACUUAAUAGAGCAUCGUUCUUUCACUUUUGUAAACUUUUUAGGGAUAAAGGUUUAUUAGAAGACACUACACACAUGUGUGUUGAGCAGCAAGUUGCUAUGUUUUUGCACACAAUUGGCCACAAUGUUAGGAAUAGGGUAGUUGCUACUAAUUUUGGUAGGUCCGGAGAAACCGUUAGUCGGUACUUCAAUAAAGUGCUUCAUGCAAUUGGAGAGCUACGCAACGACUUCAUUAAACCACCAUCAUAGGCGACACCAUCUAAAAUUCAAGGGAACCCACGAUGGGAUCCUUAUUUUAAGGUAGUGGUUGGUUUGUUUGCACAAAUUUUAUUGAUUCUAGGUACACUUUUGAGGCCUUACACAUUCUCAUUGUAAUGCUAAAAUAGGAUUGUAUUGCAGCUAUUGAUGGCACACAUAUUCGAGCGUCUAUUCCUAAGGAAAUGGAGGCUGCAUUUCGUGGUAGGAAGAGUUACACUACACAAAAUGUAAUGGCAGCCGUAGACUUUGAUCUACGGUUCACAUUUGUUAUAGCUGGUUGGGAGAGAACAGCCCAUGACGCCUCAAUUUUACGAGAUGCUUUAGAACGCCCAAAUGGUCUUCGUGUUCCCGAAGGCAAGUUCUACCUAGUUGAUGCCGGAUACGGAGCCAAACCGGAUUUUCUGCCUCCUUAUCGUGGUGUGAGGUACCACUUGAAUGAGUGGGGCAGCAACCCCGUACAAAAUGAGAAGGAAUUGUUCAACCUUAGGCACUCAUCUCUCAGGGUUACAGUAGAGCGUGCAUUUGGUUCUUUGAAGAGGCGAUUCAAAAUUCUUGAUGAUGCAAUACCAUUUUUUCCCUUCCCUACCCAAGUAGAAGUUGUUAUUGCUGCUUGCAUUAUUCAUAAUUGGGUCAUAGAAGAUGGCGGUGAUGAUUUGAUUAUAUUUGAAAAUGAUGACCUCCAUAGUAUUACCUAUCAAACAUCAACAUAUGGACAAGCAACAGAAUAUGCCUUCAUGGUUAAUUUUAGGCAAGAACUUGCCAAUGCCAUGUGGGUAGACCGUCAUCAAUAUUAUUCGAAUACUUCAUGAGUUAUGUAUCUUUUUAUUUGUUUGCAUGAACCUAUGUACUCUUUUAUUUGUAUGAGGCUAUGUAUUGUUUCCUAUGAACCUAUGUAUCUGUUGUUUUAUUUAAUGAUGAAUUCAGAUUUACUUUGUACUAUUUAUAUUGCUGA